AUCCGCUGCUACAGUGUCGUGAUCACAGCUCGAAAUAUCUCUCUCGCGCAAAAAACUGAGAAAGUCGAUUUCUCUCUCUCUAUCUCUCUCCCUUAAUCCUCGUUCACCAAAAUUAGGGUUUGUUUCGAUCGAUGAGUGUGUGCUCCCACUACGCUCUUCGCUUCUCGAUCGCCUCAUCGACCUCCCCCUUUAACAAUGGGGGGACUCGCCUCUCAGGGUGGGGGAGGAGGAGGAGGACCCAAUUCGGGGCCCGUAGGAGCUCGCAAAUGGGGUUUCUGAUGAGAUCCUCCAAUGGGUACCCGCUAAUUGGGGUCUCCUUGAAGGAUGAGGUGCUUAGUGACAAACAGCCAAUGGGGGGACUAGAAUCUGUGGAUAGCACUGUUAGCAUUACUGUUGUAGGAGCUUCCGGAGACCUCGCGAGGAAGAAGAUCUUUCCGGCACUUUUCGCUCUUUUCUACGAUAAUUUUCUUCCUGAGCAUUUUACGGUUUUCGGUUACGCUCGUCGUAAAUUAACUGAUGAAGAGCUGAGAGAGAUGAUAAGCAAAACAUUGACUUGUAGAAUUGAUGAGAGCGAAAACUGCGGCGACAAGAUGGAGCAGUUCUUGCAGAGGUGCUUUUAUCAAUCCGGGCAGUACAAUUCAGAGGAAGAUUUUUCCGAGUUGGACCGAAAGCUUAAAGAAAAAGAGGCAGGCAAGCUACCAAAUAGGUUAUUCUACUUAUCAAUUCCGCCAAACAUAUUUGUCGAUGUGGUGAGAAGUGCAAGCCGUUCUGCUUCUUCUCCGACUGGAUGGACGCGUUUCAUAGUUGAAAAGCCGUUCGGCCGUGACUCUGAGUCAUCUGCAGAACUUACACGCUGCCUUAAGAAGUACUUGAGCGAGGAUCAAAUUUUCAGGAUUGACCACUAUUUGGGAAAAGAGCUAGUUGAAAACCUUUCAGUUCUUCGGUUUUCCAAUCUUGUUUUUGAACCAUUAUGGUCCCGGAACUACAUCAGGAACGUUCAACUUAUAUUUUCUGAAGAUUUUGGAACCGAGGGUCGGGGCGGGUACUUUGACAACUACGGAAUCAUUAGGGACAUUAUGCAGAAUCAUCUGCUCCAAAUAUUAGCUUUAUUUGCUAUGGAAACUCCUGUCAGUUUGGAUGCUGAGGACAUUCGAAAUGAAAAGGUAAAAGUAUUACGAUCUAUGAGGGCAUUGCAACUGGACGAUGUUGUGGUGGGACAAUAUAAAGGUCAUACAAAGGGUGGAAAAUCUUACCCAGCUUAUAUUGAUGACCCAACCGUGCCGAAGGGCAGUCUCACUCCGACCUUUGCAGCUGCUGCUCUUUUCAUUGACAAUGCAAGAUGGGAUGGUGUCCCUUUCUUAAUGAAAGCUGGAAAAGCCUUACAUACUAGGCGGGCAGAGAUUAGGGUUCAGUUCAGGCACGUACCUGGCAACUUGUACAAGCGCACUUUUGGAACCGAUUUGGACAAAGCAACUAAUGAGCUUGUGAUCCAUGUGCAACCCAAUGAAGCUAUAUAUCUGAAGAUAAACAAUAAGGUUCCAGGGCUGAGCAUGAGACUGGACAGGAGUAAUUUGAAUCUACUUUACUCCGAGAGAUACCCACGAGAGAUACCAGAUGCAUAUGAGAGGCUGCUCCUAGAUGCGAUUGAAGGAGAACACCGACUGUUCAUCAGAAGCGAUGAGCUCGAUGCAGCUUGGGCUCUCUUUACACCAUUGCUUAAAGAAUUAGAAAAUAGGAAGGUCGCACCGGAGCUAUACCCGUAUGGGAGCAGAGGACCAGUUGGAGCACACUAUCUUGCUGCCAAGUACAAUGUGCGCUGGGGAGAUCUCAGCAGCGACGGCACUUAGUCUUAUUUUAGUCUCAAAUACAAUCUUCUGCACCGGUGCACCAUGUCCUUCCCUAUGUUUUUUUUAGAUUCUUUUGCUUGCCCCCAUUAUAAAGGCGAUAUACUAGAUCAUGCAAUUACUGUUUUGUCUUUGUACAAUUUCUUUGUUUUGAUUCUGAAUUUUCUGCUGUAUAGUUCUCUGCGAGAGCAUAAAAAUGUCGAAGGUUUAAGAACAUACUGUAUCUACUGUAAUUUCUGAAUCAGUGUGAAAACAAUUUGAUGCCCAAGAACUUGAAACA